CAGUUUCCAGGCGCGAGUCUCCGUCAUGAGCGGCUCUGGCUGCUCAUUGCUGCGUGUUCGGGAUGAGCUCCUCCGGACCUCCGAAAAAGAAAAGCUACAUGGGACAGCACCAGAUCAAAAAGAAAACCAGUUUACAAAGUCCCGAUGAGCCUCCAGACGGAGACAGAGUGUUACAGAAACCGUGCAAUCUGUCAGACAAAGCAAACCCAUCUCACAACAACAGCCGAGACAACCGAGGGGAUGGAGGAGCCGUGUUUCUGCUCGGGGAGUCCACCAUAGCUCUUGACGAUGAGAUGCUGCAGCGAACUGAUGAAGGACCCUGCGGUGCAAGUAGCCCUCAGGGAGACAUCGGUCAACACAAAGCAGGCUGUAAGAGACCAGGAUGGAGCGCUGACUGUAAAAAUCUGGCUCAGAAGCUUCUUUUCAGUGAGGACUUGGAAGUAAUGGGGCAUGGUGAGAGGAAUCCAGAAAACCAUGCAGAGCCUGCUUCUGUCUGUGUCAAUGUCCUCCCCUGUAAGAGAACAGAAACCAGCCCGAAAGCUUGCAACUCCGGAAAUUCACCAAAAAGAAAAAGCGAAGGCAAAAGUCGACCGAGUAAGCAUGGCGCAGCUCCACCUCUGGAUGUGUCGAGGGACUACAUCCUCUUCAGCCCCACGCGUGUCGCCGCUGCCAUGAAGAAGUCCAAACUCCAGCAGUCAUUACAGAAUCAGUCCGCCUCUGUGCUCACAGUUCCCAGUGGCUUGGAGCUCAGCACUCUCGCCGACACACUACCUCAGGAAGGCACUGCCUUGUGUGCUCCUGUGGACCAAGCUGAAAAACUGCGGUUGUCCAGCUGGGGCUUACCGAAACCUGUCCUGGAAUGCUACCAGAAGCACGGAGUGACUCAGAUGUUUGAGUGGCAGGCUCAGUGUCUCGCCGUUGGACAGGUUCUGAAUGGGGGCAACCUGGUGUACUCAGCUCCCACCAGCGCCGGGAAAACUCUGGUGUCAGAGCUGCUGAUGCUGAAACGUGUGUUGGAGACCAAAAGAAAAGCUCUCUUCAUUCUGCCUUUUGUUUCUGUGGCUAAAGAGAAGAUGCAUUACCUCCAGAGCAUAUUUGAAGAAGCAGGUGUCCGUGUGGAGGGAUACAUGGGCAGCACGUCAGCAGCUGGAGGAUUCGCCGCUCUGGACGUGGCUGUUUGCACCAUAGAAAAAGCCAAUUCCCUCAUUAACAGACUCAUUGAAGAGGACAGUAUGAGUCUUUUAGGUAUGGUGGUGGUGGACGAGUUGCACAUGAUUGGAGACUCUGGAAGAGGAUACCUGCUGGAGCUGCUCUUAACCAAAAUCCGCUACAUUACACAGAAGCAGAACACCUCAGGGUCGCUCUCUGAGGGUGUGCAGGUUGUAGGUAUGAGUGCCACUUUGCCAAACCUCUCCCUCUUGGCCAGCUGGUUGGGCGCCGAGCUUUACCAGACCGACUACAGGCCUGUACCGCUGCACGAGCAUCUCAAGGUGGGCCGCAACAUCUAUGACAAGAGCCUCUCCGUUGUGCGGCAGUUCACUCCUGCACUCAGCGUUAAGGGCGACGACGACCACAUCGUGAGUUUGUGCUAUGAGACGGUGAGCGAGGGCCGCUCGGUGCUUUUGUUCUGCCCCUCAAAGAACUGGUGCGAGAAACUGGCGGACACCAUCGCGAGGGAGUUUUACCAUCUCAGAAACACUGAUCGUGACGGUGAAGCUGAACCUCAGCCAGUAUGUCUGCAACAGGAGGAACUCCUGGAUGUCGUAGCUCAGUUGAGAAGAACUCCAGCUGGUUUGGACCCCAUCCUGCAGCGCACUGUGCCGUGGGGCGUGGCCUUCCACCAUGCCGGUCUGACAUUUGAUGAGCGCGACGUGUUGGAGGGAGCUUUCCGUCAGGGAGCGAUCAGAGUCCUGGCCGCCACCUCCACUCUCUCUUCCGGGGUAAACCUUCCAGCGCGCAGGGUUAUCAUUCGAACACCAACAUUCAACGGACACUUGUUGGAUCCUCUCACAUACAAGCAGAUGGCCGGACGAGCUGGAAGAAAAGGAGUAGACACUACAGGUGAAAGUGUGCUGGUGUGCAAAGAGGUAGAGCGUCAGAAAGGUAUUAGUCUCCUUAAUGGCACGCUUCAGCCAAUCAGCAGCUGCCUGGUGAAGCGGGAAGGCGAAGGUGUUACCACCAGCAUGCUACGGGCCAUUCUGGAGAUAAUUGUUGGAGGCGUAGCCAGCUCUCCUCAGGAUGUGAGAUUGUACGCUUCAUGUUCACUUCUGGCCGCCAGCAUGAAACACGAGAGCAAGAACAAGUCUAAUGAAGAAUCCAACAAAGGAGCAAUAGAGGCCUGUGUUGAAUGGCUGAUGGAGAAUGAAUUCAUUAGCAUACAGAAGGAUGGAGCAGAUGAGCGAUACUGUCCAACGCAGCUCGGAGCUGCCACCCUUUCAUCCUCCCUCUCCCCUCCGGAGGCUCUGGGAAUAUUUGCUGAUCUUCAGCGGGCAAUGAAGGGCUUUGUUCUAGAGAAUGACUUGCACAUCCUCUACCUGAUCACUCCGUUGUACGCAGAGUGGACUACCAUCGACUGGUAUCAGUUUUUCUGUCUGUGGGAACAGCUGUCUUCAUCCAUGAAGAGAGUAGCAGAGCUGGUCGGCGUCCAGGAAGGCUUUCUUGCUCGAUCUGUCAACGGCAAACUUGUUGCCAAGACAGAAAAGCAGCACCGACAGAUGGCAAUUCACAAACGAUUUUUCACCACUCUUGUGCUGCAGGAUCUAGUUAAGGAAGUUCCUUUAGGAACCGUUGCAUCAAAAUACAACUGCAAUCGUGGGCAGUUACAGUCUCUGCAGCAGUCUGCCUCCACAUACGCAGGUAUGGUGACGGUUUUCUGCAAACGCCUCGGCUGGCACAACAUGGAGCUGCUGUUGUCUCAGUAUCAGACUCGGCUGAGCUUCGGAGUCCAGAGAGAGCUGGUCGACCUGGUGAGGGUUUCCCUUCUGAACGCGACAAGAGCUCGAGCGCUCUACGCACAAGGCCUGUGUACCGUGGCCGAACUCGCCAGGGCUGCUGUCACCGAUGUGGAGAAAGCCUUGAGGAAUGCAGUCCCAUUUAAGAGCUCGAAGCGUGCGGUGGAUGAGAGUGAGAUGGAGGCGGCGGAGAGACGGCGCCUCCGUUGCGUUUGGGUCACCGGUGGACGGCCUCUGACCGAGCAGGAAGCGGCCGUCCAGAUCGUGUCUGAAGCGAGGCUCCUCCUUCAAGAGGACUUGGCCCAGCUGGGGAUUCAGUGGGAUCCAGCGACGCUUCCUCCUCCUGUCUCUGCAAUAAACCGCCCUGAUGACCACUCGGACGCCUCGUCCUCCUCACGUGAAAUCCAGACGGAAACCAUUCAACUGCCUCAAAAUGAAAUGCAGGUAAAGAGUGGAGAUAGUGACGAGCAGAGAAAUGAGAGCAGGGAAGAUUUUCCAACAGAGAGAAGUAAAAGACAAGACGGAGAGGCCCUGAGUGAGCAAGAGAAUGGUACAUCUGAGGAGAUGAAGUUAAACGGAGGAUUAAAGGACUCCAGCAAAGAAAACAGAGGCGGAAUGGAAAUCCAACUAAACAACAAUGAAGUUCCAGGAGAAGAAGUAAAAUUAACAGUGGAAGCAGCUACUGUUGUGUCAGUGGGAGAAGAAAGAGUAAAGACCUUUGAAGAAAAAAGUAAUAAAGGAAGCACGGUGUCUGAGCAAAAAAGAGAAAACAGCAGCGAGGUUCAUCAGCCUGUUCCUGAAAGGAGCCUGACGCAGGAGUUGGCCGAGAUCAUUUCCAGCCCCCCACCUCUACCCCCGAAACAGCCUCCGCCUUCAGCUUCUACCCCAAUGCCACCGCCACGCUUCCGAGCCCUGAUAUCCCGUGUAGAACAACAAAAUGUUUCCUCAAGGACAGCGAGAGCUGGCGGCGCUGCGGGGCUCAUUGCCUCGCCCGUGCAGACGGACAGACUGAAGCACUCAAAAGCCUUAAGCAAAGUCCUGCACUCGAUACAGACUGACAGAGGCCCACAAGAUAGUGAGCAGAAUGGGCGUUCAGUCCAAACUGCAGUGGCUUCAGGUCAGGAACAAACCGCCAUUUCUGCUCCUGGCGUGGUGCAAAAACCCUUUCCAGGUGUUUCUACACUUACAAAAACCGAUAUAUCAAACCCUCCCCGCUCUGUAUCUCCUGCAUCGCACCUGUCCCCUGAGGCAAAACGAAGAAGGAUGGCCGGCGAUAACAGGGAUGAGUUUUCGUCUCCUGACCUGUACAUAGAAGACAAAAUGGACGAAGAAGUUGAAGGACACUUUAAAAUGGGAGAGGAGGGUUUCAGUGACAGCUUCGAGUUGGACACAGAGACAGAACGGAUCAUCAUUCAACAGACGCAUCAACAAAGAGAGGCGAGGGAGAGAGGUACAGGUCAACUAGUGGAAACACAAAACAUGAGGGAGGAGAAGGAUGUGACUGAAGCAGCUGCACAGAUUCCAAUAAAUACAGAUCAAGGGAGAAACAGUAUUCAGGUCUCUGACGUUGUGUCUCCAAGAAUGAACACUUCUCUCACCAACAGCCAGCUGGAGCUCAUCCUAAACACCAGCCACCAGAGUUGGCCUGGAGAAAGGGAUCAUGAGGCGACCGGUGCUCAUCAUGCUGCUUCAGACAGUUUCAACAGGAGUAGCAGUUUCUUGUUCGACAGUCUAUACGACAGCCCUUUGCUGGAAAGUCUGAGCCCACGACAGAUCCCCGACCAUUUGGACGAAGAGGUUUCUGUCAGGCAGGAUGUCAGAGAUGAACACCCUCUCCCAUCAACCCCGGAGAGACGACGCAGCAAACUCCUCGCCAACCAGGAAGCGGAGAAGCAAGAAGCAAUCCAGUGGGGGGAGUCGUCUUUUAACCUGUCGGAGUGGGGCGACUCGCUGCUGGUCGGGGAACACUUCCUGGAGUGGAAAAGUUCGUCCAGACACAAAGAAAGAAGCGAAAGCGACCAAGACUCCGGUUCACGAGAACCGCAACAACCAAACACAGAUCCUGUUUUGUGUAAUGAAGAACAGUCACAUCCACGAACUGAAUCCUGUGAAGCACAACCUCGGCUCACUACCGCUGCCAAAACUCAGGAUGAGUCCGGUGGGAUAGAUGGCCAUAAGAAAACAACUACAAAGAAUAACUGUGCACAAAAAGACACAACCUCUUGUGAGAGGAAUGGAAUUCCAUAUGAAAAUGGUGAUUCUGGGAACCGGGCAGAUAAACGAAGUGAUGAUAAAGAGGCAGAAAAGAAAGUUGUUUUCUCGUCAGAUAAUGGAGCUCAGCCUGGUAGUGCUCCUUAUUGCAGCCCUGGUCUGCAGGAUAUUUUUGAUCAUUGGCCCAGUAUGUCCGACCCGUCCUGGCAAAGUAAAACGGAAGACCCCGCAGCUGCUGCAAACACAGCGGGUGCUGCAACAACGCCAAACUCCCCGACAUCAGUAGGCAGAACAAAGUUUGACCUGCUGCAACCUACCGCUGCAGACAACCCAGAAAAGAGGGAACCCUCAAGCAAAAACAUAGCAGAGAGACCGGGCUCUGCCGCUGAUCUCAUUCCUCCAACUCAAGAAACUCCGUCUGUGACGCCAAGAGUCAAACUGACGACCUCGUCUAUCCACUCACCUCGCACUGCUGCGCCAUCCUCAAGAUCUGUUCAAGAAAAGUCAGCAGUCACAAAAUGCCUGAAAUACAACUCAGAAAACAUUCAUAUUCCAUCAGGAAUUGCUUCUGACAAAAAACAUCAAAAUUCUCCACCUGAUCACCACAACAACCCCAAAACAGUGUCUGUAUCUGAACAGAUUUCCUGUUUGAAACCGGAGCAGCGCUCAGUCCAGAACCCCAGUCCUCCCACAGACUCUGCUUCUCCACCCUCCCCCCGGCCAGAACCUGCCUCGGAGUCGCCUUUGUUGAACGAAAGCUUCGGUCUGCAGCUGUCCCAGGAUGCAUCACUUUGUCUGAGCAGCGCUGGGACCUUCUCUAUCAUAGACGUCGCAAGUGACGGGCGUUUAUUCGACACUUUUAUUAAAGAGUGGAAAACAAAGGAGCGCUACUCUCUGGCUUUAGCCUGUGAGAAGAUGGAACACAGACAGCUGCCUGAGAGGGAAAUAGGAGUGAAACACAGGAAAGAUCUGCAGAAGCUUAACACCGCCAAUGGUUUUCCAGUGAGAGGCAGGGAAGACGUUGUGUUAAUUGGACUGUCUGUCUGCUGGGGAGCAAGAGAUGCUUACUACGUAUCUCUGCAGGAGGAGCAAAGCAGGGGUCUCAGCGCCAGCCUGGCGCCUCCUCCGCUUGAUGUCAGUCUGCCGGUGAGCGAGAGGCUGCAGCAGGCGAAGGCCUGUCUGAGCAGGCAGUCGGGGGAUGGCGCCAUGCGCGUUUUAGUAGCACAUGAUAUCAUCCAGGUGUACAAGACACUGGUGCUGAGCUGUGGCAUCAGCUUGGAUGGGAAUUGUGAAGACCCAAAGGUUGCCAGCUGGCUGCUGGAUCCUGGAAGUGAGGAAAGGACUCUGCCCAACAUGGUGACUGUCUAUUGUCCUGAAGAAUUACCUCUGUUGGACGGACUGGGAAAUGCACAUUCACACUGUCCUCGUGUUCGAGCAGCAACCGAGAGCGUUCUCGUUUUCGCCGUCAUGAACCAUCUCACCGGCCUGCUGGAGACAGACGGGACGCUCAAUUUAUUCAGACACAUAGAGAUGCCUUCUCAAGUGUGUUUGGCCCUGUUGGAACUGAACGGCGUCGGCUUCAGCGUUCAGGAGUGUGAGAGACAGAAACAUGUGAUGCAGGCCAAACUCUCCGCGCUGGAGUCUGAAGCCUACAGCCUGGCCGGACACAGCUUUUCUCUCACCAGUGUAGACGACAUCGCUCAGGUGUUGUUCCUGGAGCUUCACCUGCCUCCAAAUGGCGACGUCGGGGCAUCUAAAAGUAAGAAGACUCUGGGCUACACCAGGAGAGGCGGAGGCAGAGUACGACUUGGGAAACAGUUCAGCACCACAAAGGAUGUUCUGGAGAAGCUCCGCCCGCUGCACCCGCUGCCGGCCGUGAUUCUGGAGUGGAGACGGAUCACGAACGCCCUCACUAAAGUGGUGUUCCCCCUGCAGAGGGAGAAGCAAUAUCACGCAGCGCUGGAGAUGGACAGAAUAUACCCCGUCGCCCAGACACACACAGCCACAGGUAGAGUGAGCUUCACUGAGCCCAACAUCCAGAAUGUCCCCAAAGACUUUGAGAUUUCCAUGCCUACAGUGGUGGGUGAGAGUCCGCCUUCACAGGACUCCUGCUCUGUGGCCAGAAAGCCAGGAAAGAAGAGACGCUCUACGGUGCCCUCAGUCACAGCUGGACCUGCAGAGCGAGGCCCCGCCUUCUCUGUCAGCAUGAGACACGCCUUCAUUCCUUUUUCAGGUGGAAUGAUUCUGGCAGCAGAUUACUCCCAGCUGGAGUUGAGAGUGUUGGCUCACCUCUCUAAAGACCAGCGCCUCCUCCAGGUGCUGAACGGAGGAACAGACGUGUUUCGCUGCAUCGCUGCGGAGUGGAAGAGUGUUGACCCCGAGUCAGUGCAGGAUAGCCUGAGGCAGCAGGCCAAGCAGAUUUGCUACGGCAUCAUUUACGGGAUGGGAGCCAAGUCUUUGGGGGAGCAAAUGGGAGUGGAGGAGAACGACGCUGCCUGCUACAUUGAAAGUUUUAAGGCCAGAUACAAAGGGAUCAACGCUUUUCUGAAACAAACGGUGAAAAACUGUGCAAAGGACGGCUAUGUCCAGACGCUGAUGGGCCGACGGAGAUAUUUAGCCGGAAUAACCAGCACCAACGUGCACGUCAAAGCUCACGCGGAGCGACAGGCAGUGAACACGACUGUUCAGGGAUCGGCCGCGGACAUCGUCAAACUCGCCACAAUUAACAUCCAGAAACGACUGAGAAAAACCUAUCCUGCCGCUCCACUGUCCCACGAGCACAUGAGCGCAGGCCGCAGUAAGAGCAGAACUGGAACGUCUCGGCACAGAGGAGCCUAUUUUGUGCUGCAGCUGCACGAUGAACUGAUUUAUGAAACCACAGAAGAAGACCUGAUCCCGGUUGCGCAGAUCGUGAAGAGAGAGAUGGAGUCAGCAGUGAAACUGUACGUGAAGCUAAAAGCCAAAGUCAAGGUGGGACCCAGCUGGGGCGACCUGCAGGACCUGGAUAUAUGAAGCCCGAGUUUUAAAUCUUUCACCAUGAAAUCAAAUACUGUGCAAUGUUCUGCGAUGUUUGCACUUUUUUAACAAUGAAAUGCAGUCUAAAUGAGCUACUGAAUGUAUUUAUAAAUCUAAUUUUCUGUGUAUAGUAUUACAUAUUGCACACUUUUAGUGACAAUGGUUGAGUACUGUCAGAUGUAAUAAAUGAAAAACAAGUGGUUUUGUCAAUGAUGGUUUUAAAAGGAGGACUCAGGCAUUUUGGAUCGAGGACAUCCUGAAAUCUCACAUUUUAUUGGACCAUUGGUGAAGCUGUCUGACACAAGUACAUACAUUGUCAUUCAUUAACACUGUUUUGUUGUACAAUUCGGAAAUGCACUGCAGCAGAA